AAUUUAAAAAUACAUGUGUUGUACUUGUAAGUUUUGUAAUUUGUAUAUCGCUAAAUGGUUUUACCUUCUAAUGAGACAUUAUUUGUUGAAAUAGGUUUUAAUUUGUAAAAAAAUGGGUAAAAACCGAAAUAAGACUUCUGAAAAAAAAAAGAAAAUUAGUGUUGUCUUCGAUGAGGGUAAAAGAAAGGACUUUUUGUGUGGUUUUCGUAAAAGAAAAUUAGAGCGGAAAAAGAAAGCUCAAGAAGAAAUACAGCGUUUACUAAAGGAAGAAAUAAAAAGAAUUAAACAGGAGAAUAAAGAAUCAUAUAAAAAGCUUGUUGUAUCUUCACGUCCAAUUCCUGACUUAGAGCAAAUACUUCAAGAAGAGUAUGAAGAUGAAGAUGUUAAUGUUAAAAUUGUAGAACUUUCAUCAGAUACACUACAAAAGAAAGAUAUUGUAAUUGGUGAAAAUAGGCCAAGAGUUAAAAAAGAGAAAGAUGCUAAUGUUAAAAAGGAAAACAAUAGUCUUAAUAAAGUUCCAGGCAUGGGGUCAGACGUUGAAAAUGAAUCUGUUGAAUCAGAAGAUGAGAAAGAAUUAAAAACAAAGAAAGAAGUUAAACAAUUACUAAAAAAACAAGCUACUAAAAAAUUACAAAAGAGCAAAGUUUUUCAAAUGAAAAAUAAACUAGACAGGGUACAAAAUAAGAAAAGUCAAAAGAAAAAAGUAAAGAAUGAACAAAGAAAGGAUAAAUCAAAAAAGAAAAAUCAUAGGAAAAAGCAUUAAAUUUAUUUAUAGAGGUAUUGUGUUACCAUAAUAUUCAUGAUUAUAUCUAAUCUCGAUGUAUCAUACAGAUUGUAAUAAUUAUUACAUUUAAGUAACAGGAUUUCAGAUCAUUUUACAAUAAGGUUAAUGUUAAGAAUGCGUCAACAGUUCUUGUAUAAAAAAGAUUUGGUAUUUUGCCAGCUGAGAUAUAAUUUAAAAUGUUGUUAAACCAUCCUGUUUUCCUUCAUCUAUACUUUCAACAAAACUAACGUUUGAUCAUAAUUAAUAACCUUUAUUAAAUAAAAUGAAUAUCUCU